AUGGCUGCGUUUCGAUUGCUUCACUAUUCAUCAUGGCUUGCGUUCGGCGCUCUUGCGAGCUCCGCCUCCACAGAGAGCGCAGAGCAGCAUGGCUCGACGGUGCUGGUGGAGCAUCUGCCGAUGCAUGUCGUCUGCUGCGGCUCGACAUGGACACAAACGACAAUCACCAGGUACGAACGCUUGACGUCUCCGCCUGCCCGUACCCGACGCCGACCCAUCGAUGCCGUCACCAUCCUUGGUCGACGAAGAAAGCAAAGGCUAAUGUCCAGGCAGGACGGUGACGAAAGCAUGCGAGACUUGUCCACCGCAAACGCAGGUCCCGACACAGACUCGCGAGAGCACCGACGCAUCCUGGUCGAGCGGUCCCAGUCGUCGCAGACGUCUGCCUCGUCGUCUGCGUCGGAAACGACGACGCAACCUCCGCUGCCGUAUCCGUCGAGGACGGCGGAGCAGGUCAAGGGCAUCUAUGCCGACUUCUGGCCUGACAUGGACGACAUCUGGGACGCCAACCCCGGCGGUCAGUCGUUGUACUUGGUCUGGGCCGACUGGGAGCCCGUCAACAAGGCGCCUCCCUGCGCCGCCGACGAGCAGGAAUACGACGGCCACUGCUUCCUCGUCGUGCCCGAAGUGGACAAGGCCAUCGGCGCGUGGAGCGACCGCAAGCUCGUGACGACGGCCAUCGUCUACGGCACGCCCGCCUGGGCACGCGGACGCCGACGGUGCGCGGCCGGCAUCUACUGCGUGCCCGACGACGCCGUCGACUUUGGACGGUUCGCCGGCAUGCUCGCCCGACGCUACAACGGGCACAACGGCCACGGCCGCAUCGCCGACUUUGUCCUCGACAGGGAAGUCGGCAACAGCAACUACUUCGACAUCGGCUGCGGCCCUGCCAAGGCUUGCGACAAGUCCGAGUGGAUCGACCUGAUCGCCUCCAACUACAAGGCCGGUUACGACGCCGUCUACGCCGAGCAGUCGACGGCGAGGAUCAUGACGUCGAUCGACAACAAGUUUGGCCUCGAGCUCGAAGAUGUGCCUGGCGGCCAGCUCUGCGGCAUGACGGUGCUCGAGGGCCUCGCGGCCAACGCCGGAGGCCGGGCGUGGCGCGUCUCCAUCAACGCGUACAACAAACCGGGCUUCGUUGAAAUCUCGUACUAUGAUUUCCCGUACGUCACCAUGGGAACCGUCGGCGUGCUCGUCGGUUGGUUGCGUCAACGAUUCCCCAACGCACCCGCGCUACGGACGGUGCAGUUUGUGGAACAGGGACUGCCUGGUCGGCCCGCCGAGCGGCAGUUGCAGUCCAGGUCCCUAUGCACUGCUUUCAAAAACGUGCUCGGCACGCCCGGCAUCGACAACUACAUAUACUACCACAUGCAGGAUCAGAUUCCCGAGGUGCAGGAGUUUGGUCUGCGUCAAUGGGACGGAACAGCCAAGGUCGCAUGGACGACGUGGGCGACGGCGAACCGCGAUUCCGAACCGCGCACCAUGUGUGGAUUCGCACAUGUUCCAUACGUGCGGUUGAAUCUCGUGAACAACGGCAACCUCUACAUCGUCACCAGCCGGAAUCCGCCCGAUGGCUCAGUUUACAGAGCCGAUUGGUUCUGGCACCUCCACCAUUCCGAGCAGCCAGGGACCGUCAUGCUCUGGGAGUGUCGUUGGGACGCGGCGUCGUUCCUCACGACGGAUUCGGCAUGCAACAACGAGCUUCCGUACGGGCCCGUGGGAUGGAUGUACAGCAGCGAGGUGCCGAAUUCAGUCCCUCUCUAUUCCUGCUACAGGGCGGAGACGGACAACUACUUUGUGUGGCCUAGGGCCGACUGCGGCGGCCCUACCGUGACGGCGCUGGGCGUGCUCGGGUACGCGUACAGGACGAAGUUUUGA